CCGGACACCGAUGUGAUCCUCAUGUGCUUCUCUGUGGACAGCCCGGACUCGCUGGAGAACAUCCCGGAGAAGUGGGUGCCUGAAGUCAAGCACUUCUGCCCCAACGUCCCCAUCAUCCUGGUGGCCAACAAGAAAGACCUGCGCAAUGAUGAGCAUGUGCGCAACGAGCUGGCCCGCAUGAAGCAGGAGCCGGUGCGCACCGAGGAUGGCCGCGCCAUGGCCAUUCGCAUCCAGGCCUACGACUACCUGGAGUGCUCGGCCAAGACCAAGGAGGGUGUCCGGGAGGUCUUCGAGACCGCUACCCGGGCAGCCUUGCAGAAGCGCUAUGGCACCCAGAAUGGCUGCAUCAACUGCUGCAAAGUCCUAUAGGGCGCGGCUGGAGAGUGGCGCUGGGCACAGCGCCUGGGUCACCUGUUGGCAGGUGGAGAGGAGCUGGGUUAUGCACACACAUGGCAUCUGCUUGUCCCCUCCGCUGGGGGCUGGCGAUGAAUCGGGGUGGGGGCUAAGGGAGAGAGCAUGCUCCCUUAGCCUUGGCCGAAAAGGGUUGUGCUGGCUCAGCCGUGGGGACAGAGGGAGGGGGGGGAUUGCAUGCCCUGAGUCUUGGGAAUAAAGUGGGGAGAAGGCUUCUCCCACCACCGGCCCCUGCGAGUUAAUCGCAGACUCUCACAACAAAAAGCUGCUGAGACUGGACUGAGCAAAUGUCGCACCCGGCUCUUCCCCUUUGCCCACCGCCUGCUGCUCCCGGCUCCCAGACAGCCUCCUCUCUUUUGCAAGAGGAGAGCGGUGGAGGUGAGAUGCUCGAAGGGACUUCUGCCUCCUGCCUGCAUGUGCCUCCCCCCCAGGCAGGCUGGGGAAGGGGCUGCAUCUCCGGGGCUGCCUGCAGCAUUCUCGCCUCUCCCACAGUUGUUUCAGCCUGGGCCUGACCUGCUGUGGAAGCUAGUGCCCUGGAGACUGAGACUGGGAGGGGAGGGUCAUCCCAAGCGAAGCCUGUAUAUAUCUUACCUUUUCUGUCUUGUGCAAACUGGGGUAGUGCAGGGGGUGCUUAUUUAAAGUGAGGUGGGGAGGGGGUGCCCAGCUGGGACUUGUGUUGUGCAAAGGAACUUGCCCUGAGUGACUGAUGCCUGCUGAUAAUGUGAGCCUUGAACUGAUUCCAGCUGCAGAAGCCACCAGGCUAGGCAGUAAAGCUGAACUGCUCUGUCCUCCUUGCUGGUCAUCCUCCUCCUGAUGGAUGAGGCAGGAUGAGCAGGGGGGAGGGGGAUGAUAUUGCCAUAUUAUGAUCUUGGUGCCUGCUCCUUCCUUUAAUGUUCUCUUCUGCAAGUAUGUCGAUUUGGGUUUAUUUAAAAGUUUAUCUUCAAAAGAAAUUACUUUGCACAACUUGGUGGAUUUUUGUUUUUUAAAUUAAAUACUCAAUGCACUUGUCAUCUGCAUACAACACUGUAGCAUUGGAAAUACUCUUACUCAGUAACCUCAUCUGGGUCUUGUUUUAAAUUGUGAUUUCAGUGCAAGAUGAAAUAAAACCACUGUAUCUUUUUGCCUUGGAAAAAAAUGGGUGAAAGCACUGUUCCUUAUGCAGUGAGUACAUCAGACAUUAAUACUAAAGGGCAGUUUAAAGAAUCUAGGUUUAUUUAAAACUUUAUUUUCACAGGGUAGCCAACCCAGGUGAAAAUAAUCUUGUGUUUCUCUGGUUCAGAGAACAAAUGUAUCCAUUGAAGUUUGUUUACUUUUCUCCCUCUUCCCUCAACAGUGGUACUGAGACUGUUUCUGUUUUUGUUUUUAAUAAACUGACAUGGCAAAAACUGAGAUGUAUAUGAUGUUUACAUAAAACUAUGAACUGUGUAUGCAGUUUUUUAUGUAAAAUAUUAAAAGAUUCUAUGCUGACA